CAUCAGAAACUUUUAGAUUUUGAAAAGGCAGGGUCUGCGCCGUUCACGAUGAAAAUAAAUCACUUGGCCGACUUACUGCUGGAGGAAUUUAAUAGGUACUUGAACGGUUUUAGACCUAUCGAUAGGUCUAAAACAAAAGGAAGAGGCUUUGUGGCGGGAAUGAAUCCCACAAUUCCAGAGAGUCUGGAUUGGCGUGAAAAGGGUGCGGUAACACCCGCAAGGUAUCAAGCUCAAUGUGCGUCUUGUUAUGCAUUUGCUAGUGUGGCCGCUAUUGAGAGUCACUAUUUUCUUAAGAGUGGCAGCUUACAAGCCAUCAGCCCACAAAAUAUUGUCGACUGUUCCAAGGUUGAACCAUACGAUAAUUCUGGGUGUCAACAUGGCGCGGUUGAUCCAUCUUUUGAUUACGUUAAGGAUAAUGGCAUUAAUUCAGACGAAGUUUAUCCAUAUACCGAAAAAGAAGGCGAAUGUAAAUUUCGAACAGAUGAAAGUGUAACGAGAGUUAGAGAUUACGUUGUACUCGACGAAGGUGACGAAAAAGGUCUACAGGAAGCGGUUGCGACAAAAGGUCCCGUUGUUGCAGGAAUGGAUGCAAGCGCCGAAUCGUUUCAAUUUUAUGGAAGUGGAAUUUACUACGAACCAAAAUGCGGUAACUCAAUUGACCGACUAAACCAUGCGGUACUAAUCGUUGGAUAUACACCGGACUAUUGGAUCAUCAAAAAUUCAUAUGGUGUACAGUGGGGAGAGAAUGGGUACGCGAAAAUAAGUCGAAAUGUGAGCAACCAAUGUGGAAUUGCAACUUACGCAUUAUAUCCCGUGGUAUAAAGCGAAACACAUGUCACAAUCCAAUUUAACCAAAUAUGUGAUAGUUAAUUAUAAUAAGGUACUUUAAUAUGUAAAUAGGCUAAAUUCAGAAUAAUUUAUGGUUCACGAGAUUUGUUUACAUUUUGCUUUGUUUUUAUAGAAUGACUAAUAAAAUAAACAAAAAUAUUUACGAAA